AUGCCCAAGAGAAGUAGAAGAAGAGUUCAGAUAGAAGAAGAUGAAAGCGAUGACGCGUUCGAAGGUAACAGUUAUGAACUGCAACACAAUGAUGACGAGUACAUAGAAGGUGAAGUUGAAGAUGAAGGUGAAGGUGAAUACAAUGAAAAUAUCGAAUCAGGGGCCGGAUCUGAGGUUGGUGAAGACGAUAGUACAUCAAAAUUUCCUGAAGCUGUGAGUCAAGCGAUACGGAUAGUGUUAGGUAGAGAUGUCAGAGAUCAGUUUAUACGAAGAGAGCAUUUUUCACAAGUGAUUAAUACAAAGAGAUAUCCAUUAGAUGCAGUUAUCAAAGAGACAAAUAUAGUAUUGGAAGAUGUUUAUGGAUUAAGAUUAGUUGAAGUUCCUAUGAUUAGAAACGAAAAGAAAAGUAAUAGAGCCUUAAGUCUGAAAACUUCAGCUAAAGCAAGACAACCAUAUGCUGUGAUUAAUUGUUUAAAAUUAGAAUCCCAGCAAGUAUUAGGAGAAUUAUGGCAAAGUGUUGAAGAUUUCAAAGUUCCUAAUGAUCGAGAUUCAAGUCUGGAGAAAUUCUUUAUCCCAAAGAAAGAAAAAACGAAUACACCUGCAUCAAAUAUAGAGUUAAUUAAAGUGGGUAUUAUGUUAUAUAUCGUAUCAUUUAUUAUACUUGCCGAAAAUCAUUUACUGGAAUCUGAUUUAAUUAAGAUAUUAAAGAAGAGGGGGUUAUCCGAAAGUUUAAAUGUUAAGAAUAGUAAUCUUAAUCUUAAUAUUGUUGAAUUGAUAAAUGAUUUAACUAAACGAGAAUAUUUAAAUAAGGAUGUUAAAAAGGGAGCCACAGAAUCAGAUAAUAUUGUGGAUUAUAGCUUGGGGAGAAGAUCAUUGAUCGAAUUCACCCCUCAAUGUGUAUUUGAAUAUUUCAAGGUUCUUUAUGGACCUAAAUUUGAUGAUACGAUAGCAGAAAGAAUAUUUAUUACGGUUCAUAGAGCUUAUGGGGUAGAAUUAAGCCGAGAUCCCGAUUUAAGUGCGGUAGGUACUGAAGUUAGUACCCCUCUGAAUGAUGUCGAAGAAUAG